AUCGAAAUCAUCGUCUCACUUUAUUUUAGAAUGGCUGUCCGUCAACCAUCAGUCAUUUGGGCUCAAAGGGAAUCAUUUCUGUAUGUUACUAUUCAAAUCGAUGAUGUUAAAGUGGAGGAUCUCACAGCUGAUGCGUCAAAGCUGCAUUUUAAGGGUGUAAGCCAUACUGAAGUUUAUGAGACAACUAUGGAAUUCUUUGCUGAAAUUAACGGUGAAGGUAUGAAGCGUACACCUACCAAUACGCGAGUCAUCGAGUUGACUAUCCCCAAGAAAGAGUCCAAAUGGUGGCCAAGGCUUUUGAAGGAGAAAGGAAAGGUGCAUUGGCUCAAAGUUGACUUUGAUAAGUGGAAGGACGAGGAUGAUGAUGAAGCUGAUGACGGCAUGCCAUUCGGUGGUGACGGAGGAUUCGAUCUCAACUCAUAUAUGAAUCAAAUGGGAGGCGGUGGUGGUGCUCCUGACUUCGAUGGCCUCGAUGAUGAUGAUGAUGACGGUGAUAUGCCUGAUUUGGAAGAUGAUGAUGAUGAAGCCAAGAAAGACGAGAAAUCGGAAGCGAAGGAAGGUGAAAAAACAGAAGAGAAGAAAGGUGAAGGUGAUACAUCAACGGAGAAGAAGGAAGAGCCUAAGAAAGAGGAGCCGGCGCAGAAAGCGGAGGCUAAGGUUGAGGAAAAGGAGACUAAUGCUAUGUCUGGGCAACAGGGCGGAUAUGGACAACCUCCGAACAUGCAACAGCAGCAGAUGAUGUAUGGUCAGCAACACAUGAUGGGUAGACCGAUGGGACAAAUGGGCGUACAGCGGCAGAUGUACGGCCAAGAUGGCGGUAUGCCUCAGCAGCAAGGACAAAUGCAAAUGCAUUAUGCUUCUCAACAACAACAGAUGCAAAUGGGCCAGCCACAGAUGAAUCAGAUGCCCCAACUUCAACAGCAGCAACAGCCGACACAGCCCAUGAGCCAUCAGCAGCCCAUGCAGAUGGGUCUACAGCAACAGCUUGGUGGCCAACAAAUGGGAAUGCAGCCACAGCCAAUGGUUCAGCAGCAGAUGGGUCAACAGCAAAUGGGUCAACAGCCAAUGGGACAACAACAAAUGGGGCAGCAACAAGCAGUACAGCAACCUCCACAUUCUCAACAAGGACAACCACCUAUGGGUCAACAAUCUAUGCUCUCGGGGCAGUCACAGCUUGGAUCAAUGCUUGGUGGUCCAGUGAGUUCGGUAUCUCAGCAACACAUGCAGAUGCAGCAACCACGAAGUCCGAUGACGGCAGCGGGUUCGGUGGGACCGCAGCUUACUCCAGGCGGCGGUCCAGGAUCGCAAGCACCUGGAUCAACUCUGGCAGCAGCUAGUGUUGGUGGUCCUACUUCUGUUGGUCCCAUGUCCGUUCAGCCACAUACUCCAUUGAAUCCUGCAUCGCAGCAGACCCUUGGUCAGCCAUCUUCCGUCCAACCAGGUCCUGCAUCGGUUGCUCCAGCAACACCAGCGAGUAAUCAGCCGGCACCUCAGUCUUCAUCUGCAGUGGAGCCUUCUCAUCCAUACUUACAAGAUCCAGUAGCUCACAGCAAACAACUGAUCAUGAAGGAUCUGCGAAUUUCUAUAGUCGAUUUAAAUCGUCGGGCUGGUGAGGCUUUGAAGGAUCUGCGCGCUGGCAAAGUUCCAUCCAAUUCCAAUGAGUACCUCAAAGCAAUGGACAACCUUUUUGCUGUUUGCGAUGAGAUUGAAGGGAAUUUGAUAUUGGUAUGUGAAACACAGAAACAAAUGAGCAAAAUGGAAAAGAUAUUUGACAAGGACACAAUGAGAGCCGGAGAUCAACAUGUGGGCUUUUCAAAUUCCAAGGGGAGACACGGUGAAGACGAUUCUGGAGCUCAUUUAUCAGCCGUGAAUACUUACAUCGAUCAAACGAAGCAGUUGCAAGCUGCUUUUGAUCGAGCAUUUGCGCAUGUUGGGUGUCAUGGAUAUGGAGGAGUAAGAGACGGUGAUAAAGUACGCAUCUUCAUAGCCUCGUACCACACAUGGCCUCUCCCCGCUCCGUUCUGGCUGUUGGGAAUGAUGUGAUGACAUGUCCUGACACAAUUUCGUCAUGGGAUCAGCAUUUAUUUGUAUUGAUUGCUGUCAAUGAUUCUCAUGUCUGAGUCACCUUAUCGUCAUUUUGCAAGUUAAACACUGCAAUCAGAAGUAUGUCAGCAUCAAUGAAAAUAGGGAUCGACU